AGUGUGUGGAUGGAAGUGUGGACGUGGGGGGUCUGAAGGAGGAUGAGGAAGGGGAGCAACGCCCCCCCAGCAGCAAGGAGGAGGAGGAGGAGAUGACCAAAUCUCGUGAAGUACUGGUGGGGGACAACACGAGCAGCAGGUUAUUGUACAGCGUGGAGGACAACCCUCCCUGGUACACCUGUGUGGUCCUUGGUCUCCAGCACUACCUCAUGAUGGUUGAGUCCACCGUCAGCAUCCCAUACCUCCUGACUCCCAUAAUGUGCAUGGCAGUUACUGACCCAGCCAGAGGUGCCAUCGCUUCUACCAUCAUCUUCGUCAGUGGAAUGAUCACUCUCCUACAGACCGUCUUCGGGGUGAGGCUGCCCAUCGUGCAGGGUGGCACGCACGGGUUCAUGGGGCCCACCCUGGCCAUCCUGGCACUGAUGCCUUGCCCACCUGAAGAGGAGUUGGAGGCACUCAGUUACGACCAGAGAACACAAGUGUGGCAGACCCGCAUGAGGGAGAUACAAGGUGCCAUCUGUGUAGCUGCUGUCUUCCAGGUCCUGGUGGGAUGCACAGGUGCGGUGGGAGCACUGCUGCGAUGGAUAUCUCCACUGGUCAUCGUCUCCACCAUCACACUAAUAGGCUUCUCCCUCUUCAAAGUGGCAGCUGACAAGGCGUCUUCCCACUGGGGCAUCUCCUGUCUAACCAUAGUGUUGCUGGUAGUGUUUUCACAGUACAUGAGUGAGGUACCAGUAUUGGGUCUUACCUGGUCCAGGACCAGGGGCUUCACCAGGAUCAACAUCUACCUCUUCAAGCUCUUCCCAGUGUUGCUGGCUGUGGUUGGUGCCUGGGUGACCUGCUGGUUGCUGACAAUCACUCAGGUGUUGCCUGCAAACAACCAUGCCAGAACUGACCUUAGACUCAACAUCAUUACCGAAUCACCCUGGAUUCGCGUCCCCUACCCUUGUCAGUGGGGAGUACCCAUUGUGAGCCUGGCUGGUACACUGGGCAUGCUGGCUGGUGUCCUGGCUAGCAUCGUCGAGAGUAUUGGAGACUACUUCGCCUGUGCCAGACUGGCAGGAGCGCCUCCACCACCCAAACAUGCUAUCAACCGAGGUAUUUGGAUAGAAGGUCUGGGUACCAUCCUGGCUGGGCUCUGGGGCACCGGUAGUGGUACUACAUCAUACUCCCAGAACAUUGGUGCCAUCGGCGUCACUAAGGUAUCCCAGCUUGAUUGUGGCGUCAUUGUGGCACAGUAUCCCAGCUUGAUUGUGGCGUCACUGUGGCGUCACUGUGGCACAGUAUCCCAGCUUGAUUGUGGCGUCACUGUGGCACAGUGGCGAUGGGCGAGGCUAGUCCCAUCCCGCCCACCUUACAGGGGGGCAUCGUCAGAAAACCCAGUUGGCUCAGGGGAUAAGUGGUGCCGGACCCCGGACAUAAGUGGUGCCAGAGACCAGGAAAAAGUGGUGCCAGGACCAGGAAAGCUGGUGCCCGGACCGGCAUAA